GAUACACCCGGAAAAUCGCUGGACUGGGGUUGGAAAAUCAAAAGGAAAAUCGUCUGUGUCGUGUCUGCAAAGUUAUGGCUAAAAAUUCUCCAAAUUUCAUCGAGUUUUCCACUGAAUAGUGUUUAAUUGCAAAGUUAAUGUAGUUCAACAGAAAUUAAAGUCGUUUUUGAAUGUGAAAACCGUCUGUAGCUGCGUGGAAAAGCGUUUGGAAAAUUGCUUCACCACCCCCCACCAAGAGAGUUCCAGUUCUCUUAGGUUGGGGAAGGAUGCGCCACAAGAAGGGAUAGGAUCCAACAUCCGGUUCGUCGCCACCGCCAUGUCCUAGAAGAAACGGACUACGCCGUAGUCUGCUGGAUGUCGUUUAUCUCGAGCGAUAGUUAGAUUGUUUGCUCAGUUGAAGCGUGCACAGUUCCAACAACAACCACAAUGCCCGAACACCUGGAACUGCAACAACUGGUGGGGGGCGUCCUUCAGGGUGGCGUCCGGCACCACUCCCUGUCGUGGCUGACCUGUACGUGCCCCUACUUGGGACUCAUUCUGGCCACCGUGUCUUCGCUGUUCUUCUCGCUGUGCUCGGUGAUUGUGAAGGGGCUGGUUGAUAUUAAUCCGAUUGAGUUGGCGACCUUUAGAUUCAUCGGAGUCCUGCUGCCGUCGAUCCCGAUCGCCAUCUACAAGGAGGAGAGUCUGUUCCCGCGAGGUAAGCGAAUCAUUCUGGUGCUGCGAUGCUUCGUCGGUACGACCGGGCUCAUGUUGAGCUUUUACGCCUUUCGGCACAUGCCGCUGGCGGACGCGUCCGUAAUCAUCUUUUCGACGCCCGUCUUUGUGGCCCUUUUUGCGCGUCUUUUCCUGCGCGAGUCGUGCGGAAUGUUCAAUGUGAUAACGAUCGUGCUAACGCUCAUCGGAGUGGUGCUCAUUUCGAGGCCGUCGACGCUGUUUGGCGAGGGGGCGGCGAGUAGUAUGGCCGACGAGCAGGUCGUCGAGACCAGCUACGAUGUGUGGGGACCGGUGGCGGCCCUCUCGUCAACGCUGUUCAGCGCAAACGCUUACGUACUGCUGCGAGCCCUCAAAGGCCUGCACUACUCGGUGAUCAUGACCAACUUUGGUGCGUUCGCGUUGGUUUACACCCUCAUCGUUUGCUACUAUUUGGGAGCACUGUGUUGGCCACUGUGUGGUACCGAUCGGCUCCUCGUAAUCGCCCUGGCCCUGUUCAGCUUUGGAGGUCAAAUCCUCCUCACGCUGGCGCUUCAGUUUGAGCAGGCCGGCCCCGUAGCGAUCGCCCGCUCCGCCGACAUUGUGUUUGCCUUCAUCUGGCAGAUCAUGUUCUUCAAGGAGACGCCCACGCUCUACUCGGUGAUGGGCGCACUGCUCGUCGUAAGCUCCGUGCUCCUCUCCGGGCUGCGAAAGUGGGCCCUCGCCCUGCCCAGGGAUUCGGAUUUGAGGAAACGGUUAAAAUUUCUGUUUCUAGAAUAAGUCCCCUCCCUGUCCAACUCAUACUAGUCUAAAGGAAAAAGCAGUGAGAAAAUCACGAAACAUCCACAUAAACACACUCACACACACGUAAAGAAGAAAAGAAAAAAUCAAACUAAUCGCUCUAUCAAAUAUCUCAAGUCCGCGUUAUCGUCUAAGGCUAGGGAAUAUUUUUCAAUGGUAAUCUUAAUCUUACAAACAAGAAACACAAACAAAAAUCGCCUCGACAUCAAGAGGGCGGUUUCCGAUGGAAUAAGAGGAAACUUUAAAGGAAUUGUGGUUAUUUUUCGCGAGAUAGAGAGAUAAAAGGAGAAGUUUAGCUGAUUGAUCGCGUAGUGAUAUUACUAGUUUACGUACACGUUGGGCAGUUUAGUGUUUACUUCCCUUUAUUUCCUUUUCAGCCCAAAAACUCCCUUUUCAAAGCAUGCAAAAAAUUAGAUUAUGAGAAAGCGAUGAAAUAAAAAGCGUAACUGGUCCGCUAUAAAUUAUAUAUGAAUUUUAUUCAAGAUUUUAUUGAUUGGACGGGAAAUAACUAGAAUUCAAUUCAGUCGAUUGAAGCUAGUUCAGAGAGCCCAAAUCUAACAUACCUUGACAAAACUGAAGCGUUUACUGACAUCAACUUCAAAAAUUUCGAGUUGUGUUAUUGAACGGAUUUGUUAGGUUAUUGAAAACUUAAUCUAAUGAGUAACACAAUUUGGAAAUCUGGCAUCUCAUCUCGAGAUAAAAUAACUUGCAAGAUGAGAGUCAUCUAAAAUAUUUUAGACCUUUAAAACAUUUCAUAAACUGCCCAACAGGUACACAACAAAACACUUGAAAAACGAUCUCAUUUUAGUUGAUUAGUGAAAUUUCACGACGACCAAUUCCAAAAUAAGAUAAAAUAAAUCAAACUGAAUAAAUUACCCCCACUUCCCGCAUCUUUUCAUUUCAUUUCAUGUUCAGAUUCAAAAGGUAAAGUUUUGCUUCGAUCCGUACAGCAAAAUUUUUCUCAGUAAGCACAACUAAAGCCAAUAAUUUUUUUGUUUUAAAAUUGAGUAAAAAAAUCCAACCGACUUUUAGAUAGAAUUUCACAUGAAUACUCAACUUGUGCCAUUUGAGGAAUAACAUACUUUUAAAAGGGAAUCAAACUUAAAAGUAAAUACAAAAACAUGAACUUUUCACAAGUUAAGCAGAAAAAAACAAGAGGAAUUAAAUAGCCAGCAGACAAGCAGUGCAGAGUAGAACUUGUAAGCAUAAAUACUUCCCCCUUUUUCUAGUCAUUUGUAUCUUAUAGCUGAUCUUUUUUUUUGCAAUCCCUGAUCUACAGAUGGUCCAAAAAAGUCCAGUUACGUUACCAGAACGAAAUCCAUGUGAUUAAUUAUUUUGUUGAAACUUGAGUUUUGAAUUACCUAAAUAGAAUCACGUGAAAGCAGCCCGAAACCAAUAGAGCGUGCGCACUAGAGAGAGAGUUUAUUCCGUUGCAAUUUCUUGUUAAGUGUGUUUAAGAGGGUACACAAUGUAUUAUCGAAAAAAGAAAAUGAAAAUCUCAAAAUAGAACAAGUCACGAUGGUAUGAUAUACUUGUAAAAGAACAAAACCAACCAACAAAAAAAAAACUAUGAAUGCUUAGUCGGGAUAUGAUGUAAAUUGUAAACAAAACUUACCUUAUAUUAAAGUCAAAUCUAUCGAACAUUA